AUGCUGAAAUAUCCAUUCAUCGAUUAUCGAAAUACAAGAACACCUCUACACACCUUUUUGACCGGCUCGGACCAUCGUGCUGAGAAUAUCCUGCAGCAGACAAUCGCAGCCGAGUGA